AUGGCCCUCGUUCCCGGGCCCGGAGUACCGUGGUCAACUUGUCGAUUGUGGAAUCGCAACGAUGCCGAGGGACGCACCUUUCUUCACGGCGUCCUCUGCAUAGACUCCCUCUUACUCGGAAAUCCAGAAGAUUCAGGCUUGGUCGUGGCGACCGGUAGCCAUGGCGGUGUAAUCGCGGCCGGAAUGACGAGUUCAUUUAGGCCACGCCUCGCUUUCUUCAAUGAUGCCGGGUUCGGCGCUGAUCGUGCGGGUGUAGCCUGCCUUCCUAUUCUCGAUUCCGAAGGCAUUGCCGCCGCUACGGUUGCCGCAGACUCGGCGUGUAUUGGUGACGCGUUAGAAGAGCCAGCCGUUUCGAAGUCCGUCGCACCGUCGCCGUCGCCUGCACAAGAAGCCAGACCAUCCGGUGAGUGCAGGCAAGACGAUGCGACUCCUGCGCGCCCAGGUCAUCAGACAUGGUCAUGGCGGUUUCACAAGCAUGAUUUUACGAAUGGCCACGGCUACGUUUUCUGA